AUGUCAGGAUUCCUUCAGAGCACGCUGCUUGGUCUAGGUAAAGACUAUUUGCAAGAUGAGUACCAAGAACUUGCAGGACAGCAUUUCCAGCCGACCAGGGACCCAUUCUAUGAAACGAACAAAGACGGUAAGAAGCAUCGUCUCAGGCUUCCAUAUUAUUGCACUAAAGACGAAAGUAAGGCGUGGAAGAAUGUUCAAAACAAGGCGUGGAUGCAUGACAAAUCAGUGUGUGGAUGCUGUUGCUGGACGUCCGUUAUAGGAUGGGCGCCAUUACUUGCGCUUUUACCGGUGAUAGGACCCUUAUUGAUGUAUUGGGUGCAUGAGCAGUUAAUCGAACUGGCAGACAAAAAAUACGGAUUACCUGUGGAAACCAAGGUGAAAAUGCACGGAAACAUUGUUCUUGAUCUACUCAUCAGUUUGGUGCCGGUUUUAGGCAGUGUUUUCGCAUGGUUGCAUGCGUGUUCCACGAGAAACGCAGCCAUUGUCUAUAAUUUUGUUGGACAAAGAGCGCUAGAAAGAAAGCAGGCAGAAAUGAUGCGUGAGAAACAGGAAAGCGAGAAGUAUGCUAAUACCAAUACCAACGGACCAGCAGUAAAUGGGAACGGGAACGGAAACGGGAACGGGAACAGAAACAACGGCAAAGCUUACAACAGGCCACCGGCGGUGGCCACUCCGCCCACCGCAGCAUACACCCGUACUCAGAGAGGCUACAGGUAA